UGGUGGUCAAAGCUAAGAGAAGCUGCUGACUCGCUGAAAUUAUUUCAAAUAAAAACUUUACAUCGCCGAGGACUAGUAAAAUCAAAUUGUACCAGUGCGUCGUCGGUGGCGAAACAAGAGACGGGAGACUAAAUAUUGUGAAAGAAAAGGAUUAGAAUACAUCCCUCAUAGGGCUGCGGAUUCUAGGAAGCUCCGACAUGUCCGACUGAGCUGGAAGUCAAAGGGCCACUUCAACCCAUUCCCCACACGAUGGCAGAGUCAGCGGCCACCCAGAAAACGUCAUCCUUGGAAUUGGAACCCAACUGUAGCACUAGCCAAAUCACAGACAAGGAGUCUUUUGCACCUGAAGAACCAAACAAGAAGCUGAAAGUUGAUCAUGCAUCUGGUAGCACCGAAAGCCUGCACAAUGUUGACUUUUGGUUUUGUGAAGAGUGUAAGGAGUACUUCAUAGAGGAAUGCCCAAGCCAUGGUCCUCCAGUCUUUGUCCCAGACACCCCUGUGCCUAUUGGGGUCCCCAACCGUGCUGCUCUCACUGCCCCUUCUGGAAUAGAGGUUUUCCAGGAAGGAGGAGAGAUGGAUGUGCGCUGUGUGGACAAGGACAUCCCAAGGGGGGCUCUAUUUGGCCCUUACCAAGGAGAGGUGGUCUCUCAGGACAAAUCCUCAGGAUUCUUCUCCUGGAUGAUUGUUGAUGAAAACAACACAUACAAAUCCAUUGAUGGCAGCGAUGAAACCAAGGCUAACUGGAUGAGGUACGUGCGCAAUUCUGCAGAGGAGAGCGAGCGGAAUCUGACAGCCUUUCAACAUGGCGAGCAUAUCUACUUUCGGGUGUGCCGGGACCUGGUGGUGGGUGAGAGGCUACGCGUCUGGUACAGCGACGAAUACAUGGGACGGCUCCACAGUAUGUCCCAGGACAGCAUUGACUGCAACCUGGCUGCAGUGGGAUCAGCUGUUGGAAAAUCAGAGGGUGAUCUCCAGCAUCAAGAAGAUACAAAAGGGCCAGUGCUCAGGUCAGCACUGCACGGGAGGAGGGGUCUUGGCAAGCAAACAAAUGAUGAAGGGGACUGUCAACCACAGGCUAAGAAAAAGAAAAUUGACCUCAUUUUCAAAGAUGUCCUAGAAGCCUCUCUUGGAGCCAAGAGCCUAGACAACCCCUUGAACAGCACCUUCCCCCUAAAACGUACCCGGGGCCAGCAAAUUGCCUAUCUGUUUAACCAGCCCAAGACUUCCACAGUCCAGAGGGGCUCAUCUUACCUGAGCCAACAGGAGAGCAAACCUCUUGCCCUGGCUCCUGGCUCCACCCCUGCAGAAAGAGUUGAGGGUGAGCUGGACAUGAAGUCUGUGAAGGUGGAGGAGGACCCUUCCCCAUCCUGUGAGGGCCCCUCCACCUCCUUCUGCCCUAAUUGUGUAAAACUUAAGAAGAGGAUCCGCGAGCUAGAGGCGGAGCUGGACCGCUUGCGGGCGGGACCGCAGCCUGAGUCCCUGAGUCAGGCCCCUCCUCUGCCUGAGCCACCCCCACUUGAAGAGCUACGAGUGGCAGAGGCUAUGACCCCCGUCACCGUUGUGCUUGAUGAGGACGAUCAAGACGUGGAUUCUGCAGAUGAGUCCAUCACCGCUGACCUCAUGGUAGCAGCUGAUGAAUCCUCCAAGCUGUCAUCUGGUCCAGGCCGACGGAUCCGUCGCUUCAAGCAAGAGUGGUUGAAGAAGUUUUGGUUCCUCCGCUACUCACCCACCCUUAAUGAGAUGUGGUGCCAUGUCUGCCGACAGUACACCGUCCAGUCCUCGCGUACUUCCGCUUUCAUCGUUGGCUCUAAGCAAUUCAAGAUCCACACUAUCAAGCUACACAGCCAGAGUAACCUGCACAAGAAGUGCCUACAGCUGUACAAGCUGCGCAUGCACCCAGAGAAGACAGAGGAGAUGUGUCGCAACAUGACCCUGCUUUUCAAUGCUGCCUACCACCUGGCUCUGGAGGGACGUCCCUUCUCUGACCUUCGGCCCCUGGCUGAGUUGCUGAAGAAGUGCGAGCUCAAGGUGGUUGAUCAAUACCUGAAUGAGAGUGAUUGCCAGAUCCUCAUCCACCACAUUGCCCGAGCACUAAAGGAGGACCUUGCAGAAAGGAUUCGCCUGUCGCCCUUCCUAAGCAUAAUCAUGGAUGGGCAGAAUGAUGACCUACUGGCUGACACAGUUGCCGUCUAUGUGCAGUUCAUUACCAGCGAUGGGCCCCCUGCAACUGAGUUCCUCUCCCUUCAGGGUCUGAGUUGUGCCACUGCAGAUGGGUACAUGCAGGCUAUUGAUCGAGCCUUUGCCAUCCUGGGCCUGAGGCUGCAGGAUGUGCUGAUUGUGGGCAUGGGUGUUGAUGGGUCCAACAUCUCUGCUGGUUUGAGAGCCAACCUCUACAUUACUAUCAGGAAAACAAUUCCCUGGGUGCUCUGUCUACCAGUCAUGAUCCAUCGUCCUCAUUUGGAAGUCCUGGACGCCAUCAGUGGAAAGGAGCUGUCAUGUUUGGAGGACCUGGAGAACAACCUGAAGCAGCUACUCAGCUUCUACCGGUACUUCCCCCGCAUGAUGGCUGAGCUGAAGGCAACUGCCCCCACUUUGUCAGAGGAGACAGAGUUCCUUGGUGAUAUCCGAGCUGUACGCUGGAUUAUUGGGGAACCUAAUGUCUUGAAUGCCCUGAUCAAGGAUUACCUGGAGGUGGUGGCUCACCUUAAGGAGAUCAGCAGCCAGACCCAGAGGGCAGAUGCUGCAGCCAUUGCCCUCGCCCUCCUGCAGUUCCUCAUGGACUACCAGUCUGUUAAACUCAUCUACUUUCUCCUUGAUAUCAUUGCCGUCCUCUCGCGCCUUGCUUUUGUCUUCCAGGGGGACUAUCUCCUGAUUUCCCAAGUGGACUCCAAGAUUGAGGAAGCCAUCCAGGAAAUUGGGCAGCUAGUAGACUCCCCAGGGGAGUACUUGCAAGAGUUUGAGGAGAACUUCCGGGAGAGCUUCAAUGGGAUAGACCUCAAAAACCUGCGGGUGGCUGAGUCCAAAUUCCAGUCAAUCCGAGAAAAGAUAUGUCAGAAGAGCCAAGGCAUCCUGGCUCAGCGUUUUGAUGCACGCAGCCGCACAGUAGUCAAAGCCUGCCAAGUGCUAGACCUAGCCACUUGGCCUCGGAACCAGGAUGACCUCCGAGCCUAUGGGGAAGAGGAGAUCCUGCUCAUCUUUGACCACCUGGAGGCUGUGCCCUCAGCAGCUCGUGAACCAUCUCGUGAGAGGGUGGAUGCAAGAGGCAGCUUGGUGGUGGAGUGGAGGGACCUUAAGGCUGACUACUACAGCAUGAAUGGCUUCAAGGAGGUGAUUAGCCACAUCUGCCGGUACAAGCAGCGCUUCCCAUUGCUAAAUCGCAUUGUGCAGAUCUUGCGCGUCCUACCCACUUCCACAGCCUGCUGUGACAAGGGCCGAGGCUCCCUGCAGAAAGUGCGCAAGAACAACCGCGCACGCCUCACCCUGGACCAGGUGAAUGACUUGCUGACACUGGCGGUCAACGGGCCACCCAUGGCCAGCUUUGAUGGCAAACGGCCACUGGACAGCUGGUUUGAAGAGAAAUCAGGGAAUAGCUACUCGCUGUCAGCUGAGAUGUUGAGCAGGAUGUCUGCUGCCGAUCAGAAGGCGAUGCUACAUGGCAUAGAUGUAAGCACAGAGUUUUCUCCUGACAUAUGACUAGUGAGCCUUGGCUUCAGCCAACCUAUUCCAAAAAGCCAUCCUAGAGGGGGAAAAGUGAUCAGAGCUAUCAUGUGAUUGGCCAAACCAGCUGAUGGUGGCACUGCUGCUAAGAUGGACUGAUCAGUUUCUUUUUAUGAAUGCAAACCGGGUUGUAGAAAUGUAUAUUAGCUUGUAUUAGAUGCUGAAUUAUGGACAUAUGUGUACAACUAUAUGUGUAUAUACAUGUCUGUAUGUAUGCAUGAACAAUGCAGAUAUUUAUUCAUAUGAAUAUUAAUAAUCAAUGCCACAAAUGUCACACAAAGCCACUAAUGUUUAUUUGGGUAGAAAAUUCUGUGUCCUAGAAUAAGGGUAUUUUUCUAAUGGCAGCAUUUCCAGAACAGACUUUCAAAGUCAAACUUUUUUAAUGAAAAAAGGCAUUUCCAUUAACAAAAUUGGGCCUUGUCAC